GUCAAAAGUCUCCGUGGAAGUGGAACGCGGCUCUUACACAUAUAUAUAUAUAGAUAAUAGAAGACAUGUGUUCUUCAGCUUCUACAACAAUUUCCUCAACAUGGCAUUCUCAAUCUCCCUCUUUGUUCUACUCAUGCUUCUUUCUCUCCAAUGUUCAUCAUCCCUUUUGUCACUGAACAAGGGUUCCUCUCUCUCAGUGGAGAAACAUUCAGAAGACGUUAUUCUCUCACGAAACCAAAUGUUCUGUGCUGGCUUCGUUCAACUUGCUCAAAACGCUUUCUCCUUUGCCGUAUGGUUCAACGAGCCUCACUCUAACAACACCAACACUGUGGUUUGGAUGGCAAACCGAGAGCAACCCGUUAACGGAAAACUCUCAAAGCUUUGGCUUUUGAACAGUGGCAACCUCGUAUUGCUCGAUGCAGCUCAAAUCACAACUUGGUCAUCAAACACAGCUUCACACACCCAAGUCACGUUGCUUCUCCAUGAUGAUGGCAAUCUCGUGUUACGUGACUCCCAAGGAACCAUUUUGUGGCAAAGCUUUGAUUCGCCAACAGAUACUCUCCUUCCGGGUCAACCUCUCACUAGAUUCACACAACUUGUGUCUUCAAGAAGUGAGACUAACCAUUCUUCUGGCUUCUAUAAGCUUCGCUUCGACGAUGACAACGUUCUUCGUCUUAUUUACGAUGGUCCUUAUGUUUCAAGCCAGUAUUGGCCACAACCUUGGUUACUGAGUUGGGAAGCUGGGAGGUUUAACUACAAUAGCACCAGAAUCGCAGUGUUAGAUUCUCUCGGAAAUUUCACUUCUUCGGAUAAUUAUGGUUUUUCCACGAAUGAUUAUGGCUUGGGGGUACCAAGAAGAUUGAAACUGGAUUGUGAUGGUAACGUUCGUGUGUACAGUAGAAAUGACAAAUCAAAGCAAUGGUACGUUUCAAGGCAAGUGAUAUUUGAUGCUUGUUCCAUUCAUGGGAUUUGUGGUGCUAACAGUACUUGCGAUUAUGAUCAUGAAAGAGGAAGGAGGUGUUCGUGUUUACCAGGGUACAGAGUGAAGAAUCAUAGUGAUUGGUCUUAUGGGUGUGAACCAAUGUUUGAUCUUUCUUGCAAUAGAAAUGAGUCUACCUUUUCGGAGAUCCGGGGUGUUGAGUUUUACGGUUAUGACAGUCAUUAUGCCCCAAACACUACCUUCACGGGUUGUGUGAAUUUAUGUUUGGAAGAUUGUAACUGCAUAGGGUUUCAGUACAGAUAUGAUGGAGACAAAGGGUUCUCUGUCUGCUAUACGAAGUUACAGUUUCUUAAUGGGAGGAGUUCGCCAAGUUAUACGGGUUCAAUUUACGUGAGACUUGCAAAUAGUAAUAACGACUCCAGAGAUGAAUCUGCGACUGUGGGUGCAUAUGAUCAUUUUUGUUCCGUGGAAUCCGUGCAGCUUCAUAGAGACUAUGUGAGAAAGGUGGAAAAUCGCUUGGUGAGGUUUUUUCUGUGGCUUGCUACUGCAGUUGGAGGUUUAGAACUCGUUGGCUUUUUGAUGAUUUGGGGUUUCUUGAUUAGGACGCGUCAAAAGUCUGGUGCGGAUCAACAAGGGUACCAUCUUGCAGAAGUGGCAUUCAGAAAAUAUAGUUAUUCUGAGUUGAAGGAGGCAACAAAGGGGUUCAGUGAAGAGAUUGGAAGGGGUGGAGGAGGGGUUGUGUACAAAGGCAUUUUAUCAGAUCAAAGACAUGCUGCAAUCAAGAGACUCUAUGAAGCUAAACAAGGAGAAGGGGAAUUCCUUGCUGAAGUCAGCAUCAUUGGAAGGCUUAACCACAUGAACUUGAUUGAAAUGUGGGGUUAUUGUGCUGAGGGCAAGCAUAGGUUGUUGGUGUAUGAAUACAUGGAGAAUGGUUCUUUGGCUCAAAAACUCUCAUCCAACACACUUGAUUGGAGUAAGAGGUAUAACAUUGCUCUUGGAGUGGCAAAAGUUCUAGCAUAUCUGCAUGAAGAAUGCUUGGAGUGGAUUUUGCAUUGUGACAUAAAACCCCAAAACAUACUUCUUGAUGCUAGUUAUGAACCCAAGGUAGCAGAUUUUGGGUUGUCCAAGCUACUAAACAGAAACACCCUCAACAACAAUUCAAGUUUUUCAAUGAUAAGAGGAACAAGAGGGUACAUGGCACCUGAGUGGGUUUACAAUUUACCAAUAACCUCAAAGGUUGAUGUUUACAGCUAUGGAAUUGUUCUCUUGGAGAUGAUAACUGGAAAAAGCCCAACAAUGGAUAUUGAAACAGUUGAUGGAACAGAGGCACACAAUGGGAGGCUGGUAACAUGGGUGAGAGGGAAACAGAGGAGAAAUUCUUGGGUGGAGGAAAUCAUGGAUCCUACAAUUGGGACAUAUUAUGACGUGAAUAAGAUGGAAAUUUUGGCAACAGUUGCGUUGGAUUGUGUAGAGGAAGACAAAGAUGUAAGGCCCACCAUGAAGCAAGUGGUUGAGUUCCUCCAAAGCCAAGAAAGUUGAAAAUGCACUGUGAUGGAUGCCAUUGUUUAUUUGUGGAAAUUGACAGAUUUGUUGCUUUGAUUUUUCAUAUGUUAAAUAGUUCAAGUAAUUUAGCAUUUCAAGCUAUAUUUAAGUUUGAAUCCUUUGGAUUUACGGUGCUUCUGUCUUAGUUAAUAUCUGUAACUGUUUCUGAUUGCAUUUGUUGUCUGUCUUGUUUUUCUUUCUGUUUGAAGCAUGUAUUAUAUAUAUAUAAGAUUGCUGAAUCUAAUAAAAGACUCGUUACUUUCGAGU